AUGUGCCGACGGCUGGCUACGCAACUGUUCAAGGGCGAUGGCCGCUUUGUUGUGGGGGUGGCAACCAUGUUGACAAGGCAGAUUCACAGGACAGCUGCCAAAGAAGGCCGACUUCCAAACUGUUUGUACGUUGGCGCGGACAACACUCCAAAAGAGACGAAGAACACAACUGUGAUUUGCUGGGCAAUUUUCAUGUUGGCAAGUCUUCGAGACACUGCGCUGUCGGCCAUUGAGUUCCAGUACCCCCUUGUCGGGCACACCCACGGAUCGCUGGACCGGUUCUUUUCACGUUUGAUCACUGCCUUAAGAGGAAGAACGUACUACACAAUGGAAGAGAUGGCAGACAUAUCAACUUCAUGUCUCAAGGCCUUCAAGCUCAACUGGUCCCACCAUGGAUCCACCUACAAUUUUGCUCAUCUCAGAACGCUUUUUGGCAUUGAGGUUCACAGAUACCGGAAUGUGCACGCAUUGCGACUCUACGUGGACUCAUCAGGUUUGUGGGUGAAGUGGAAGCAGUAUGUUUCGGAUGAAACUUGGUGCCAGCCGCGUUUGGUGGCUGAGUUUGAUCGCCUUGAUGUAUUUGCAGCUGCAAAGCCUCCCUUGGUGGCUCAUGAGUUCGGUGAGUUGGAGAAAGGCAAGCAUCUCAACUUCUUGAACAAGCUUGAACGAAUGUUGGCCGAUUUGAAAUGCGCGCAUUUGGGGCCAUGUCAGCUGGUCAGCCGUGAUGCAGAGAGCAUGGCAAUCCCUGAGGACAUCUACUACUCCAUUUCCAUGGGCGCAGACAUUGGGCAUUUGCCACAGGAUUCUCUUGUCACUGUAACGGGAUUGCCACAGAACCGUGAGCCUGCCCAAAAGGCCUACAUCCAGCCUGGAGACUUUUGUGUGGUGGCGGGCAAAGAUCGGCUGCCCAUAGUUCUGGGAGUUUUGAUGGAGCUGGUGCAGUACAAUGGUGAGGAGCAUGGCUUGUGGUUUCGGUGGUAUCAUCCACUUCGCACGCCAGAGAUGAACUUCAAAGCCGGCCGCAAGAAGAAAGUGCUCGACAUCUUUGGGAGUUGGGUACCUGCUGAUGAAAUAUCUUUGAACGAAACGGAAGUGCUUCCAUCCGUGAUGCAGCCAGCUGCGAAGAUUCUUGUGUGGGAUUUUGAGCCUGAGCCCAGUGAUGAGGGAAACCAGGGGUCUGUGGUGAUCCCUUUUGCUGUCUAUGAUCAGCUCAUGGACUUGCACGGAGUUGACAUGACAGGGUUGAGCCUUUCUUCAACGAAGAGAGGAAAUUUGUUUCGCACGCAUCGCUUGAUGCAGUGA